AUGGCCAAAGCUAACGAUCACAUCGGCACCUUCUUUGCAGCCUAUCCUGACUUUGACUACGAGCCCACAAACGAAGUGUGGUCAGAGUAUCGCCGCCUAGUCAAGCGUUACGGGUGGAAUACCAAGAGCCAGGAAGAAAAAAAAGCCAAUGCUGCUUUUCGAAUCGCACUCGUGGAGCAAUUCGGAUCGAUAUAUGGGACCGAAGAGAACAAGCUCGAGGCCCUUCAGCGGCUCUGUGGAAAAUUGGGCAUUGAUCCCAUUCCGACUAGCAUAACUGCUUGCAAGAAAGCCAUCAAGCGCAUCCAUGUCAAUAUUGUCGACUUUAUCGACUCUGAACGAACUGGAGAGCCGGUUCACAAAUUUGGAAGUGUUGGGAAACUUGCGAAAUACACUUGGGCAAGCGGAAAGGUCUUUCCGAAAAAGGAAGCAAAGAGGAGUAAUUUGCUGCGGUUUCUGCUGCGUUGUCUUCAUCAUUAG